CGUUUGUCUCUGGGUUAUUUUGGCAUGUCUACCUAGACUUUAUUCUUAUUUAUACCAAAAUUUUUACCAUAGUAAGCAAAGACAGUGACAAAUCAAGAUGCCAGGAAGUACUGCAGUAGUACAAAGGCCAACUGCCGAACAAAUUGAUGAACUGAAAAGUAAAAUUUCGCUUUUGGAAGGAGACAGAAAAGCUUAUUAUGAAUCUGCUUCAUACGCAAUCAAGCAAAACCGUGAAAAUAUUCAAAGCCUAAGAAAGGAAACCCAGUCUUUGAGGAAAAGGCUUAGUGAUAAACUGAACAAGGAUCAAGAUGUCAUUGGAAAGGCUUUUCAUGAUAGACCAGUGGAGAGGGCUGCUCUUUCAAACAAGAGUGGAAAACAGGCCAUCACUGUCUUGGAUCACAAAGUUUCUGACACUGCCAAAAGAUUGAAUGCUCUACGACAUCAGACUGCUACAAAACAGAAGAAAUUGGAAGAAUGUCAAACACAGUUAUUACAAAUGAAACAGGAUACUGCAGAUGCCAAGGCUAUGGAUACUGGAGAAUCUCAGGAAGCCCAGACGAUGAGGUACCUUGAAAAUAGUUACGAUAAAGUCGCCAUGAAAUGUGAAGAAGCCAAACAAGUUCAAAGAGUCUACCUUGACAUUAAAGAUAGAUUUGAAAAGGAAGCUCAAAAUUACCCGUUAAAACUUGACUCUAUUGAGGCAGAGAUUAAGAAAACCAGAGGUGAACUCAAUGACUUAAAAUCCAUGCAAACAGACGCCACUUUGGCCAGAGAUGCUGCUCAGAAAGAUUUGGCUGAACAAGAAGAAUAUAUUUAUUCAGAACGUAAGAAGAGGGAAGUGGAACUACAUAGAAUGAAGAAGGAAGCUGAAGAAAAGAAGAUGCAGCAUGAACGAAUUGAGAAGCGUUUAGCUCAGCGUGGUUCCAUUCAACAAGAUGAGCUUACUACACAAGACAAAAUGGCUUUGACAGGUGAAGAGCAACAACAAAUCAUCACAACCUAUGAAGAAGCUUUCCGUAGAAUAAAAGAAGCCACUGGAGUUUCAGACACAAUGGAAGUGGUCAGACGAUUUGAAAAUCAGGACGACACCACCAAACAUUUGGAAGACUUAAAACUCAGCAAUGAGAAACACAUCCUUAGGUUGAAAGAAGACAAGGGCAAAUUACAAGAUGAAUUCGCAGAGAUGAAAUAUUCUGGUGAAGCCAAGUUAUCGAGUGGUGAACUCUUAUUGGAAGAAUAUGAAAACCAUCUUCAAGCUGAAGAAGCACGUCGUGAUGAGGCAGACCACAAAUUACAACGUUCCAGUAAGGUCUUAGUCCAGGUGAAGGCUGGUGUCGAACAUUUGUCUGAUAAGCUACAUCAUCUUAAAGCCAACAAAGGUCACGUACCGACUGCUCAAAUUCAACCAUCGUCUGAUGAAUAUGUUCUGGACCAACUCUCCACUGGUGAAGAGAAGCUAUUGAAACUGGUGGAAGAAUUGGAUGCUGGCGGCACCGAUGUCAAUGCCAUCAUGAAACAAAUGGAGGAAGAAGAGUUCCAUGCCAGUGCAGAAGGACGAUUACCGACGUACAACACCAGAAUCAAAUUACCGCAGACACAACGUGACCUGGUAUAUAGUGAUGAAAAUGACUCCGGUGAUGAUGAUAUUGGUGUACCAAACCGACAUUCCAUCAAGAAACAGUCACAGUUCAUUAUUGACUCCAAAACAAAGAGACGAGUUGCCAAGAAGAAGAAGAAAACAAAAUAGACAUAAAGACUGCUGUGCUGGAAAACAAACUUUGGAAAUAUCAUAUAUAGACUUUACAAAACCUAGACUUAACAGACUUUGACACAUUGACUUUGUAGAAGUAUUUUCACCGUAAAAUGUCUGAAUUCAACUUGAUAAAAUUCUCCAUUUUCACCAUAUUUUCUCCUUGAUUUUUGGUCCUCUUGGACUUUUUCCAAUGUUCCUCAACUCAUAGGAAAAUUCCUGAACAUGAUUCCACUCUAAAAUUGAGGAUGUCAACUCAAGAGUUCAAAGUCUCAAAAACAAAGAAAUGCUGAAAAUGAUUUGCUGCGAAUGUGAUUACUGCUUGCCAGAAUUUUACUGCUGAGUAAAUUUAGACACUAUUUUAUGUGGCUCAUUUUGCCUGUGCUAAUAGGAAAAAGAAAUGUGAUAGAAUUUUUCAUGUAUUUGAUUGUCUUUUGAUGUCAUUUAUUUUUCAUUGUUGAUGUUAUUGUUUUAUGUUUUUAAUUAUUUAGAUCCUCUGUGAUAAUCAAGUAUAAAAAUAAAUAACAUUGAAAUUC